UCAAACUACCAACUGAUUAUCUUACAUAAUCCCUUCAGGGCAAACCAGGAGGCGAUGGACCACCAGGUCAAAAAGGAGACCGUGGAGAUGUGGGAAUUGAGGGAAGCAUUGGAGGUCCAGGACCACCGGGUAUAAAAGGUGUCAACGGACAACCAGGAAAUCUAGGACCCUCAGGUGAUCCAGGUUUAAAGGCACGGCGUGGAAUGAAAGGAGAUUCUGGCCAAAAGGGAGAUCAAGGUGCUGCAGGUCUGCCUGGUAAACAAGGUUUUAGAGGUAGAGGAGGUCAGUCUGGGGUACUGGGAGAGACUGGGCCUACUGGACCUGCUGGUUUACCAGGACCCACGGGCAAUGAUGGACUUAUUGGAGAGCCUGGGAGACAGGGACAAGAUGGACCUAAGGGAGAAAGAGGAUCACCUGGUAGCCAAGGUGUACCUGGACCACGUGGUGAUAAGGGUCGGAUUGGCCAAGGAGGAUUUUCAGGUUUUCCAGGUCCUUUGGGAGAAAUGGGGAAGUCAGGGGAACCAGGACCUGAAGGAGAGCCUGGUAUUAAGGGUAGACCAGGGAUGCCUGGAGGGACUGCAUCUAAAGGCCGAAAGGGUCUACAGGGUGUUUCAGGCAGUCGAGGACCUGACGGCACUCAUGGUGCACAUGGAUCAACUGGAUUAUUAGGAUCAAAUGGAGACAGAGGAUCUCGAGGACUCCGGGGUUUACAGGGAAAGCCUGGUGCACCAGGAAUUCAAGGUCCCGUUGGAAAAAAAGGGGAAACAGGGAGCCGAGGUCUUACUGGCAAACCCGGAAAGCCUGGAAUCAAUGGUGUUAAAGGCAAAGAGGGUUCAGUAGGGCUUCAUGGUAAACCCGGAGAAAAGGGCAAAAUCGGCCCUGAAGGGCCAAAAGGAAAGCCUGGUCAGCCAGGUCCUCGAGGCAUAGCAGGAGGGAAAGGCUACAUGGGACCUUCAGGGCUACAGGGAAACAUAGGCCAGUGGGGUGAGACGGGUGUGCGGGGACCAGAAGGGCAUCAAGGACCACCAGGCCUGCCCGGGCCCCAUGGAGUGGCAGGGUAUCCAGGUAAAGAUGGACCUUCUGGACCCAUCGGACCUCCAGGAGACAAAGGCAAUAAAGGACUGAGAGGAGACACUGGACUGAAGGGAGUUGCUGGUAUCGAUGGUGAGGAGGGCCCAGUAGGUGAAACUGGACCAGUCGGACCAGCAGGACGUAAAGGCUUGUCUGGUGAAAAGGGUAAAGAGGGAUCUGUUGGUGAUCAUGGUCCAAAAGGAAUCCAAGGAGAGAGUGGAAAUCAAGGACCAUCUGGAGUAAAAGGACCAAAAGGAAGAGAUGGAAUGAGCGGUGCUCUGGGGCAGAAGGGAGAUCCUGGAUCCUCUGGUGAAAAAGGUCAUCCAGGUGUAAGAGGUCAGUCCGGCUUGGUAGGCCAGUAUGGUCCUGGGGGAAACAUGGGAGAAGGUGGGGAUAAAGGUGAUAAAGGUCUACUUGGACUUGCCGGUGAGACAGGAACAACAGGGCCUCCAGGUCCAAGUGGUGCUAUAGGAUUUCCAGGUUUUACAGGAAAAGAAGGACUUGGUGGACAAAGUGGAGAACGUGGGCCAAAAGGAGAGCCUGGACUUAAAGGGAGUCCAGAGGGCCGUGGGAAGAUUGGAUCAAUUGGUGUAAUAGGUCUAAUUGGGAAGAAAGGAGAGCCUGGAAAACAAGGCAGAGUGGGCCGGAUGGGUCAGUCAGGAGCUGUGGGUCCUCAAGGACCAAAGGGGAAACAAGGAUCUUUAGGAGCUUUAGGGAAAAAAGGAGUGAUGGGUCUACCAGGGCCAAAGGGAAUGAGUGGAUUUCCAGGAAAGGGGGGAAAUAAAGGUGUUGCAGGAAAGCCAGGACCUCAAGGACCAAAAGGGAAACACGGGAACCGUGGUCUUCCUGGAAAGCCAGGCCGCAGUGGAACAAAUGGACUGCUAGGAGUUAUAGGAACUGAAGGAGACCCAGGUGACAUUGGAUUCAGAGGACGUCCAGGGAGACCAGGUCUGCUAGGCAGUGCUGGAGCCACAGGAAUACCAGGUUUGCAAGGGAGUCGAGGACCUACUGGACCAAAGGGGUCUAUUGGACUAAAAGGGAAACCAGGGCCUACUGGACCAAUAGGACCAAAGGGUAUUCCAGGACUUCAAGGUAAAAAGGGAGAUGCUGGACAGAAAGGAACAAUGGGCCAAAUUGGUGUAACAGGUUUGCAAGGGCCCACUGGACCACCAGGAGUAAAGGGAAAACAAGGUACUCCAGGCUACAAAGGGCGGCCUGGACCAAAAGGCACACAGGGUGAAUUUGGUGCUCGUGGGCGUCCUGGUGGAAAAGGACUUCCUGGUUCACCUGGUCUAUCUGGAAGGAAGGGAAUGAAAGGAGUUCAUGGAAAAUCUGGGCAAAAAGGUGCGAAAGGUCAAAGAGGACCACCUGGAAAACCAGGUAUUGUCAGCAAGGUAAAACCAAGGCCUCAUACUCCCCCUUGGAGAAGAGGAUCACAAAAUAAAGUAAGGUUAUUAUCUAGAAAGUUGCGAUUUGAUGACUUUGAUGAUUGGAUUGACGAAAACAGCUACUCACAAGGCACUAAAGACAACCCAGCGACCUCAUGCAGAGAGCUGAGUCUCAUCCAGCCUCCUCUCAGAGAUGGGCACUACUAUGUUGAUCCUAACCAAGGAUGUCCAUUUGAUGCUCUCCGAGUCUUCUGUAAUUUUACUGCUGGUGGUCUUACUUGUGUGGCUCCUGUCCAAUCUAAUAUUUCAGGAGUAUGGCCAUCAUCAGUGGACAGAUCUAAAAAGUGGUUUAGUGAGCUUUACAAAGGCUUCAAGUUGAAGUACAAAGAUCUCGAUGUUGUCCAACUGCGAUUCCUGAGGUUACACAGCACCUCUGCCACACAAAGCAUCAGCUUGAAAUGUCCCAAAAAACACAGUCCCACUGUUAAUCACUGGAAGACGAUGCUGCACUUACGAGGAGACUCCUAUGAAGAAAUCCAUCCGCCCCAUGUCAUCAUAACCCAACAUAGUUGUGAGGUUACUGCACAGGUGAGGGUUCAUGGGAGUUCAGAGCUCCACCGAGGAGACAUGUGGCUACUUCCUAUCAGAGAUGUUUUUGUGGAGGGCGGAGAGACCUGGGAAGAAGAUGCAAACAUUAUCCUGGGAGAUUUGUGCUUUUUAUAGUCUCUUUCCAAAGAUAGAUGUCAUGCGCAGAGCUCCUGCGUGGAUUGCAUUGCUCCUAGAUGAUAUUAGAGGAUGUUAUUGUUUAUCCUGCAUUGUUUUCCAGGUUUACUAUUAUUCAGAUUUCUCAUUGACUAAGUGUGCGUGCGUGCGUGCGUGCGUGUGUGUGUGUGUGUGUUAAUAAGCAUGCAAGUUUAUUUAGUCUUGUUUGACAGAGGAUUUUCAGUAUUUAUUAUAUUGUUUUAUUUAUGAGAAUUUGUAUUAGAGAAAAAGUAGUCAACUUUUUAUAUUUAACCACGAAAACCUUACAGACUAUUUACUGCAAAAAACAUUUUGUUCAUCAUUUGAAAGUGUUAUGAAAUGCCCUGUAUUUCUAAA